GCUGAUAGCGUUUCCAUCCAAGACUAGACAUUUAUUGGGGUUUUCAACUUUUCCCAGCUCUUUCCUACACUACCGCAUACAAAUCCAACGGCAUAAUCAACGGCGACGACGAGAACGAAAGCAACCAAUCUGUUUAUUUUCGGAAGACUGUAACAAUAUCAUUAACAGAUCAAAUUAACCUCCCAACUUUCCAUUUUCUCGAAACAUAACUUCCCCAACCCCGAAUUGCAUAUUUCCAAGACACAAUUGUUCUUCUCUGAUUUCCACCAACUGAAAUACCAAAACCCAUUUUUCGUUAUCCUUGUAGACCUGAAAAUGGAGUUUCAGAGAUCAGCACUGAGAGUCUUCUUAGGGUUUCUGGUGGUGUCUCUGAUACCUUCAACCCUGGCGAGAUUUGUGGUGGAGAAGAACAGCUUGAGGGUGACGUCGCCAGAGAGCAUCAAAGGCACGCAUGACAGUGCCAUUGGGAACUUUGGAAUACCUCAAUAUGGGGGUAUGGCUGGAGUUGUGGCGUACCCGAAGGAGAACCAAAAGGGUUGCAGAGGCUUCGAUGAGUUCGGGAUUUCGUUCAAGUCGAAGCCCGGUGCUCUCCCGACCUUCGUUUUGGUCGAUCGUGGAGAUUGCUUUUUCGCUUUAAAGGUCUGGAAUGCCCAGAAAGCUGGGGCUUCUGCAGUUCUUGUUGCAGAUAACAUUGAGGAAGCAUUGAUAACCAUGGACACUCCUCAAGAGGAUGGUGCCUCUGCAAAAUACAUUGAAAACAUAACGAUACCAUCUGCGCUCAUUGAAAAAAGUUUUGGUGAAAAAUUAAAGAAAGAAUACAGAGCUGGGGAAAUGGUCAAUGUGAAUCUUGACUGGAGAGAAGCUGUUCCGCAUCCAGAUGAUCGUGUGGAAUACGAACUAUGGACCAACAGCAAUGAUGAAUGUGGGGUUAAAUGUGACAUGUUGAUGGAAUUUGUGAAGGAUUUCAAGGGUGCAGCACAGAUACUUGAGAAAGGUGGUUACACUCAAUUCACACCCCAUUAUAUAACUUGGUACUGUCCCCAGGCAUUCACCUUAAGCAAACAGUGCAAGUCCCAGUGCAUCAAUCAUGGAAGAUAUUGUGCUCCUGAUCCUGAACAAGACUUCAGCACGGGUUAUGAAGGGAAAGAUGUGGUUCUUGAGAACUUAAGGCAGCUAUGUGUUUUUAGAGUGGCAACUGAGACCAAAAAGCCUUGGGUGUGGUGGGACUACGUAACUGAUUUUCAAAUCAGAUGUCCUAUGAAAGAAAAAAAAUACAACAAGGAUUGUGCCGACUCUGUCAUUAAAUCACUUGGUCUUGAUAUAAAAAAGAUUGAGAAGUGCAUGGGGGACUCAAAUGAUGAUUCUGAAAAUCCCGUUCUAAAAGAAGAGCAAGAUGCGCAAGUUGGGAAAGGAUCGAGAGGUGAUGUAACCAUAUUGCCUACCCUUGUUGUCAAUAACCGACAGUAUCGAGGGAAGUUGGCAAAAGGUGCAGUCUUAAAGGCCAUCUGUUCUGGUUUUGAGGAAACUACCGAACCAGCUGUUUGUUUGAGUGGUGAUGUGGAGACAAAUGAGUGCUUGGACAAUAAUGGUGGUUGCUGGCAAGACAAAGCUGCCAAUCUCACAGCCUGUAAGGAUACAUUUCGUGGCAGGGUAUGCGAAUGCCCCUUGAUGGAUGGUGUGCAGUUCAAAGGAGAUGGUUAUACCACUUGUGAAGCAAGUGGGCCUGGGAGGUGCAAUGUAAAUAAUGGAGGUUGUUGGCAUGAAUCUCGAGAUGGACACACGUUCUCUGCAUGUUCGGAUAAUGGGGAGGUAAAAUGCCAGUGUCCUCCAGGAUUUAAAGGUGAUGGUGUCAAAAAUUGUGAAGAUAUAGAUGAAUGUAAAGAGAAAAAAGCCUGUCAGUGCCCUGAUUGUAGCUGCAAGAAUACCUGGGGCUUUGACUGCACUUGCGGUGGAGAUCUCUUAUAUAUCAGGGACCAUGAUACCUGCAUUAGUAAGAGAUCCAGGGAGACAAAAUCUGCUUGGGCUGCAGUUUGGGUCAUAUUGAUAGGCUUGGCUAUGGCUGCUGGUGGGGCAUAUCUUGUAUACAAAUAUAGAUUACGGUCAUACAUGGAUUCAGAAAUCAGAGCUAUCAUGGCACAGUAUAUGCCUCUAGACAGUCAAGCUGAAGUACCAAAUCAUGUCAAUGGGGAACAUCCAUGAAAAGGAAAAUUCCGUCCUCCAUUUUUCUUGAGGAUUCAGGUAAAGCUGCCUUGGUGCACCCAUCUUUAUCCAGUCGUGAAUUUUGAGAGUGGAUCUUAUGUUCUUAUGUAUUAUACAGGACAAAACAAUAGUAGAGAGGAUAAUUUUUCAUUUUAUUUGUUAGAAGUAUAACAUGCUGAACAUUAAGAUAAGGGUUGGAAGCAGAUUGCAAAGGA